AGUCUUCGCAUCCUCGUGUGUACUUUUAAUAAGCGGAUGACAUACAGAGAGAUGCAGAUGGUUCUGCGCCAGGAGGGCCGGAAGGAUGGUCCAUCCGUCGACUUCCGUCCCACGAUAGAGGAAAUGGCAGAGCCUGUUGAUGGUAGGAAUCGCCACGAUAUGUAUGUCGAACUCUACCGGGAUGGUAACAACGCGCAACGCUUCUUCCAGCAUUCCUGCAGAGCCGACGUCCUGGACAAGCCAUGUGGUUUCGUCGACCGGAAACUGAGAAGUCGGGAUACGUGCAAACAAUCUCUUGCACAUACGUCAUCGUCAAGCAUACUGCCUGGAAGAUAUUCAGACUUGGAAACCAAAAAUCUUGGCAAAGAAUUUUUAAGAGUAAGUUGCCCAAAAUUGUUUGCGCGCAAAUUCGUCGCGCAGGACUCGGUGACUGGGAGAAGGCGGAUGGUGGGGGGAACGCUCGAGCAGGACUCGGAGCGCUCAUUCUUCCUCGAGCCGGUCUCCUAUACUGGUGUCUUGGAAACACCUCUCUUAUCCUUUACCAAUCUUCUUCAUUUUCUAUAUUUAUUUCUUCUUUACUUCCUUAUUGCUUUAUCAUUCAUUCUUCACUUUCCUAUUUAUCUCUUUCCUCAUUUCUUCUCCACUUUUAUAAUUCUAUU